AUGGCUCAGGACGAAUGCUACAUCCUCCGUCUCUCAACAGAGCUCAUUCUUAAGAUCUUAGAGUAUGGCGCUCCAUCAACACAUUUUGAUGUGGCACUUACUUGUACAACCCUAAAUCACCAGUGCCGAAAUCUCUUAGAUCUUCACCGUGAAGCUCACGAGAAAUACAAGAUCACAUCCGACCUCUUACCGGAAACGGUAAUUGAUCUACUCAAAGAUACAACCAAAGCCAGAAUCGAGAGGUGGCAUGUCCGUGAGCUGGAGAUCUGGGGUAGCCGAAAUGAUUGGGAAGAUUGGCGACCAUGGGUUCCAAAACUUCCUGGAACAUGCAGUCUUGCUGAUGUCCUCCCUACAAGGCAUGGGCUGGAGUUGCAAGACAUAGAGAGGUACAUCCACACUGCACUGGAAUUAUGGACCUUUCCGAAACUCAAUGGAUCCGAAUUUGAAUUCGAAAUUAAUACAAUCGAAUAUGAUCUAGAGGCUGGCCAGGAUGGGUUCCUCAAACUCCUUCUCAUUGCAAUAUGUCCUCGUCUUCACAGUCUGCGAUUCGUCAAAAGAGGGCGAGAUCCUCACACAACUCUCGACUGGAUGACAUAUAUCAUCAACAAGGACAGCAUUCAUGCAUGCAACUGGCCACCAGGCUUUGAGUCCUUGCGAAAUAUUGCAGUUGGUAUCGAGACCGAUCAGCGUUUGUUGAACACCGAAAGUGUCCAUCGUGACGGCCGCGACUUUGCAGCCCUAUUCUACAUGCCAAACCUUGAGAGUCUCUACUUCAAUGAUUUGCACUACGAUCUAGUUGCCGACGCAAACGACGCAUACUACGAUGUUGUUGCCCCAUAUGAGUUUCCAUGCGGCACUUCGAGCGUAAAGCAUCUCUUUAUAGAUGGCGCUUCGGGCUCCUUUGCCAAUUAUUACCGAGCCAUAGCAGAGGCGUCGAAGAAAUUAGAAUCGGUCGUUUUGAGAGUUGCCAGUGAACACCAGCAACAUCUUUACGACGUGGAUAUGUUCGUGGGCUCGCUAUCUUUGAGUAAUGGGAAGACCCUACAAAAGCUCAUCCUUUACAACCCGCGCGGUAUGCUCGGCGAUCAAUACGGCAACUAUCUACUCGAUGACCUUGACGAAUUUCGAAACUUGAAGCUGUUUACGUUGUCGGUUUACGACUUAGCGCUUGAAGAGCUUUACCUGAUGCAUAGUUCUCCCAAUGUAGAGCAGCUUGCGGAAUGCGUCUCUUGUUCUUUCCCUGCUAGUACUGAAGCUCUUUAUAUCUGGGGACGAUCGGACGAGUAUGUGGACGUCCCAGCAUCUGACGAUAUGCCAUCAGAUAUCCUCGACUCAACACUUACGUCACUCAUCGAAUCUGGUGUCCUUGAGAACCUUAAGGUCGUCUACCUCGCGGACUUUGAGAUGCUACAUAUCGCUUUUGAAGAACUCAUAGAUGGGGAUAUCAAUGACACAGGCCCAGAGCAACCGAUUCUGCAAAAGUCUGUUGCUGCAGGAAUCAAGACUGGUGUGCAUGUGUGCACGCUGAUGAAUAGAGAUGAUGGUGGAUAUUGGAAAAGCUUUCCUGCCAAGCCGGAUGCGUUUGACCUGAAGACUGGUCCUUGCUAUGGCGAAAGGCCCGUAUCGUGGAGGUUGAAUUUGCAGUCUGGGGAAUGGGGCCCGGAUUGUGAAGACUGCGGAGAGUGUAAAGACUGCUUGGCUGUGUAUCCUGCUGAGUUGUGGAAGCGUUAUCGUUCAUGA